AUGAGAGAAACCUUCCAGUACCGUCAGAAAAUUCUGCACGAUCCACAGCACUCGGCUGAUGUACUACAAAUGUUUCCUCGCUUCUUGGACACUAAAGGAUUGAUUUUGCAAGACUUCUCAAUGAUGUUUGGAGAAGAGGCCGCAUCAAAGUUCCUGCAAAAAUGGAACUCCAGUUUUAAAGACAAAGUCAUCCAGGAGGCCAAGAACCUAAAGGAAACCUCACUUCUAAAACGACAUCUGGCAUCUGCUCUGAAUGAAGGAUCUGAAACUGGAAGAAAACGGCCCAAGAAAAUCAGCGUAGAAGAGGCAGCAGAUCAUCUGGUGAAAUUUCAAAAGUCAUGUCAAAGCCUUGAGGAUCAUCUGAUGACCACCAAAGGAGGCUCUCAGCCUUAUCUUCUUGCCACAGGGACUUCAAAAGCGCAGGUUUUCAACUUUUACAUUGUCUUGGACAAAAAGCUUGUACCAUGUCAGUCAUGUACAUCCCUGGGGGCUUUUGACGAGCUGUUUAAGUCUCAUUUUGUCUUCAGUGUGAAGUACGAUGAUUCUCUGUCCAGCCUGUACACAUUUUUGCAGACAACUGUGUACAAUAUUGACAUAGGUAGAUCUGAAGAAACUCCAAGAGUCAAAGAGCUGAGAGCAAGGCUGUUGAACAAGCAGUAA